AUUACAAAAAUUUAUAGAGAUAGGAGGACAAGAAAAUUGGUUGGUAUUGAGAGAUAUAUGGGAAAAGAUAAAGGAUUCAAGGAGAAAAGGAGAAUGCAUGAUGAAGAAUUGCUUGGAAAUAAAUGUAAAAAGCAAAGAGAAAACUUUGGGAUUUUUAUAUAAAAUAUGAUAGAAGACAAGGAAUUCAUGAAGAGAAUGUUGAAACAAAAAUGGGAGAAGGAGGGCCCUCUGGAUAGUGAAAAAACUGAAAAAUUACUGGAAAGCAUGCAUACCAUAAAAAUGGAAAAAUAUAAGGAGUUGGAAAGAAAAGUGAUAUUAAAAUGGUGUAGAACUCCAAAACAAUUAGCAUACAUGAUACGGGGACUAGGUCCAAAAUGUUGGCACUGUGGGGGAAAGGAUGCAUACAAUAGCCAUAUGUGGAUUGAAUGUAAAGAGGUAAAAAGAUUUUGGGAAAGGAUAUUGACAUAGAGAGAGAAAAUGGUAAAGGUUAAAAUAGAUAUAAACAAUGAAUUACUGUUUACCGGAGUAAUAGAGGAUGGAAGGGUGGAUAAAAAAUAUAAACAAAUGUAUAAAAAAUGGUUAGAGCGGUACACGCAGUAAUAGCAUAUGGGUGGAAAGAUAAGGAAAAAAUGGCCAAUCCAGAAAUAGCUAGAUUACAUUUGGGAGCAAGAAAUAUUCGACAUACUAUCAUGGAACAAUCUGUGGCAAGAAAAACAAAGAGAAAAUAUGAAGAUAUGGACAUUAUAUGUAGAAUGGAUGAGAGAAGCCGGAGUCAAAGAAGAAAGAUGGGAUAAGAGGCAACAAAGAGUGAACUUACUGCUGUUUGGUUGAAAAGCUGUUAAGUUAUAUAUUUCAGGGGGAGGGAGAAAAGGGGGAAAUGUAUGGCUUGGAAAAAUGUAAAAGUAUAAUAAAAUGUAUUGUGGUUCCAAAUUAUACAAUUAAAAAAUUAUUUCAAAAAAAAGAAUCACACUCCACAAAUCUCCAGUUCACAGAUGCAGAAAUUCUCCCCAUUUUUUUUGGUUUUUAGACAAUGUAAGAAGCAAACUGGGGAGAAGUCACGAGGGAGGUAUGUCGCCUUGCUAGAAUCAGCAUUGGAAGGCACCACAGAGGCCAUCUACUCCAUCUGUGUAGAAAUACACAGUUGCAAGCACUGUAUAAGACAAGAUAUUGGACUCGCAAUGCUGAUCCUAUCUUCCACAGGUUGUAGUAAUUCCAACCAUAAGUUCUCCAAAUCAUGACUCUUUCCCAGUCAGAUGGUUGCCGAUGAAAAUGAUCUUAUUGUAUAAUUUCUGAUCCCAGUCAUCUAAUAUUGUUUACUUCCCAUUUAGAAAGGUUUGUAAAAGAAGGUGAGCCAAGACACUGGAAACAUACCUGAGUUAGCAAUUGGAGAAAGAGUGAAAUCUGGUGGUUUAGGGCAAGGACAGCCCAGAAUUGGAUUGUGGCCGCCAAGAAAGCUGCUCUUUACCCUCUGAAAGUCAACACAGUAAAGUGCAAAUUUGCAUUUUAAAAAAGAAGGGAAGGGACUUCAAGGGAGUAUGACAUUCAGGAGAAUGAACAGGUGGAUGAAGGAAGGUCCUGCCAGUCAAGGAGGUGGGGCAAGUGUCUGUCCUCCCUACCACACCCACCCCGUAUUUCUUUCUACCCACUGUGUCUCAAAUUCGUAUGAUCUUGCUUGGCCAGUCACACCUGCAGAGGAUGUCUUGUCAGCUUUCCCCGGCCAUCGCUCGUUGCAACUAAGAACUAGGAGCGUAAGACUUCCAGAUUAUCAGAUUCAACCAGUCAGGUUCCACGCUUCUCCCACAGAACCUCAUCUUUUUCCACCACUUUUUUUCUCAUAACCAGCUAGCAAAGCUCACCGUCCAAAAACCCCUGGUAUCCUGUCGCCUGCCUUCUCUAUCUUGCUUUAACCCCAUUCCAAGCCCAGGAGUCCUGUCUUCCACUAUGUGUUAUCACUUGCUCCUCUUUGGCCUGCCUGUCUUGGGGAUCUAUGCCCUGGCCUCCAACUACCUCACGAAAGAGGCGCUGCAAACGCUUCAUAAGUUUCCUGUUCGAUGCCGGCACGUAUCCCACCGGGGAGGCAGUGGAGAGCGGAUUGAGCACACUUUGGAAGCCUUCAGCCAUGCUCAGAGCCAAGGAACGGAUAUGUUCGAACUGGACUGCUUCCUGACAAGAGACAGGGUUGUGGUUUUGUCCCAUGACGACGAUCUCGAACUCCUGACAGGACACAGAGUCAAGAUCAGCGAGACAGACUACAAGGAUCUGCCUCCCUACAAGGAUCGUCUGGAGGUGACCUUCUCACCAGGCCGUUUUUCCCACGGCUCAGAUCACCGUAUUGCACGCUUGGAGGAGGUUUUUCAGAAAUUCCCCGCGAUGCCUGUCAACAUCGAAAUUAAGGAUGUGAAUGACGAACUCAUACAAAAGAACGAAGAGAUGCCUUAUGCCUUCUCCGUCCGACGUGGUGUCACCAUCAUACUCCUCUACUAUGUGGGGCUACUGCCUUUCCUACCACUGAAAGAAUCGUUCUUUUCAUUCAUGCUACCCACCCUCUUGAACAGGGUGAACAUGAGGAAGAAGCUUCUAAAGCAUCUUGAAGACAGAGGGAUACAGGUUAUUAUUUGGGUUCUGAACGAAGAAAAAGAUUUUGACGAAGCCUUUAGCUACGGGAUUUCCGGUGUGAUGACCGAUUACCCCACCUGCCUCCGAAAGUACCUGGACAGCCACCCGCCUCUUCUCAAUGAAUGAUUUAGGUGGGAAACCGGCCUGAAGGGUGGGAGUGGAAUCAAACAUGUUCCUUGCUAGAUAAAGUAUAGGCCCUAGGGAAGAGAAGAGAAAAUGUGUAUUAAACCCAGAAAGAUAGGGGGGAAAGUGAAAACCAGAACGCAAAUAAACUUAUUCUA